CAGCAUGGCGGCUGCGCGGCACGGUGGCAUCAUCGGCGUCGCCAUCAGGGUGCUGGUGGCCGCCCUGCCCUGCGUGGGGACCUUCAGCAUCCACCCGAUCCCGCAUCGGAUCCUGAGCCCUGGGCGGGGCCGCAGUUUUGGGCACCAGGUCCUGCCGCUCGAGGGGGCCCGGGUGCUGGUGGGGGCCCCGGCAGAUGUGGGAGAUGGGGGGGGGCUGUUCCAGUGCUCGGUGCAGAGCGGGGAGUGCCGGGAGGUGCCACUGGAAGGGAACAGCAGCCGGACCCAUAUGGGAAUGGCCUUGGCCCGGGACGGCGACGUCACCAUCGCCUGUGGGCCCGGCUUGACCCACGUGUGCGACCGCAACGUCUACACCAGCGGGGUCUGCGUCCUGCUGGACCCCCAGAUGGGAACGGGGCGGGAGCUGCUGCCGGGGUACCAAGGGUGCCAGCGGGGCCCGGUGGACCUGGUGUUCCUGUUCGACGACUCGAGCAGCAUGAGCAGCUCCCAGUUCGGGGCCAUCCGCGACUUCAUGGUGGACGUGAUGGAGAAGCUGCAAGACAGCCCCGUCCACUUCGGGGCCGUGCAGUUCUCAGACCGGGUCCACACGGUGUUCACGCUGAAGGAAUUCGCAGCCCGGCCGCAGCCCCAGGAGCUGCUGCGGGGGCUGGAGCAACGCGGGGGCCUCACCGACACCUUCGCCGCCAUUGGCUUCGUCGCGAAGGAGCUGUUCUCAGCCGAGGCGGGGGCGCGGCCGGGGGCGCGGCGAGUGCUGGUGAUGAUCACGGAUGGCGACGCCACUGACCACGACCCGCAGGCGCUGGAGGCAGCCGAGGAGCGUGGGAUCCACCGCUACGUCAUCGGGGUGGGGAACAACUUCGACAGCCCUGACACGCGGCGCUACCUGCAGCAAUUUGCCUCCGGGCCGGGCUUCGUGAAGGUGCUCGAGAGCUUCGAGCGGCUCCGCGGCCUCUUCCAGGACCUGCAGGCGCGGCUCUAUGACAUUGAGGGGACCACCCAGCUGCACAGUUUCCACCUCGAGAUGUGCUCCAGCGGGAUCAGCCUUGACGUCAUCCAGGGCCGGCGGGUGACAGGGGCGGUGGGUGCCGAUAACUGGGCGGGGGGGCUGCUGGAGCUGCAGGGGGAGAAUGAGACCUUCGUGCCCAACCCCCACCCCAAGGAGGGGUACCUGGGCUACUCCCUGGCAGGGCUGCAGGUCCCUGGGCGGGCUCUGGUGGCCGCAGGUGCCCCCCGACACCUCUACAUGGGGGGGGUCGUCCUCUUCGAGGUCCCCGAGGCUGCUGGGGACUGGAAGGUGCUGCAGACCCUCCAGGGGGAGCAGGUGGGGUCCUAUUUUGGGGCCACCCUCUGCACCCUGGAGCAGGGCGGGGGGACAGUGGCUCUGCUGGUGGGGGCCCCCACCCAUUAUGACGGGCGCCGAGGGGGACGGGUGUACCUGUACAGGUGGGAUCAGGACUCCCUGCACCCCUCUGGGCAGCUUUGGGGUGCCCCCGGCCACCCCCUGGGGCGUUUCGGGGCAUCCCUGGCCGCGCUGGGGGACCUGGAUGGUGACGAACUGCCCGAGGUGGCCGUGGGGGCCCCGCUGGAGGACGAGGAGCGCGGGGCCAUUUACAUCUUUUGGGGGCGGCCCGGGGGGGUGGAACUGCACCCCCGCCAGAGGCUGCAGGGGGCCGUGGUGGCCCCAGGGCGAUUUUUCGGGCAGGCGGUGGCCGGGGUGGACCUGACGGGGGAUGGGCUGGAGGACGUGGCCGUGGGGAUGGAGGGACACGUCGUGGUGAUGAGGUCCCGCCCGGUGCUGAGGGUCACUGCCAACCUGACCUUUGACCCUCCCGCCAUCCCCACCCGCGGGGUCGACUGUUCUGACGUCACCGUUGUCACCAUCGUCACCCUCCAGCUCUGCCUGCACCGCCCAGGUGAUCCCGUGACCCCUGUGAUGUUCCGGGUGGAAGUGGAGCCACAGCGAGACCAAAUUCGGGGGGAUUUCGGGGAGGGGCAGCCAAGCUGGGAGGGGGAGAUGGAACCAGGGAGGAGCUGCCAGAGCAGAGAACUCAGGCUGAUGCCGUGCCUCGAGGACAUCAUCACUCCCCUCCGUGCCACUGUCACCGUCUCUCUGCCCCACAGAGACCCCCCAGGGCCCAUCCUGCCCCCCGGCACCGGCCCCACCUGGGUGGAGAUCCCAUUCGAGCAGAGCUGCGGCCCCGACGGGCUGUGCGAGGCCGACCUGGGGGUCCGGCUGGGGCCGAGGGGCUUUGCUGUGCUGGGGGUCCCCGACGCCGAGCUGGGGGUCCUGCUGGUGGUGGAAAACUCUGGAGAAGACGCUUAUGGGGCAACCCUACAAAUGGGGCACCCCCAGGGGGUCUCCUACCGACGCGCCAGGGCCAGCCAGGGCUCGGCCCCUGUGCCCAUCACCUGCCGGGACGCCCCUGGCGCUGAGGGGCAGCCGUGGGGCCUGUCCUGCCGCCUGGGCUCGCCCGUACUGCGCGCAGGAUGGCAGGUGGCGGUGGAGGUGACCUUUGACCUGCAGCAGAACGCCUCGUGGGGCGAGUCCGUAGGGCUGACGGCGGCUGUGAGCAGCGAGAACGAGCCCAACGUCACCCUCGGGGACAACGCGAAGUCCUGGGAAGUUCCCGUGCGCUUCGCCCUCCCCCUCGUGGCCUCCUGGCAGGAGGACUCCACCCCCACUCAACUUCACCCCCCCCAGCCCCACAACAAGACGCUGCAGCACCGCUACCGGCUGGAGCUCCUCCACGCCCCCACCCCAGGCAGCCCCAAGCCGUGGGCGAGGCCCUUCGUGCUCCUGCCCCACCUCACGCUGCCCCACGGCGUGGCCGUGGAUGCUCCACGAGUGCAUGUGGAUCCGGGGGUCCUCUGUGACCCCGUGGAGCCACAUUUGGGGGGCUCUGUGGGGCGGGACCUGAACAGGAGCAUCACCCAGACCUGCUCCACCCCCCACCUGAGGCUGUUCCGCUGCCCCCCCACCCUGCUGACCCCAGGGGUCACCGUGGAAGUCACGGUCAGCGCUGCCCUGAGGCCCCUCCCCCACAGCCAAGGGCCCGCCCACUCCCGCUUUUGCUCCACCCUCUGGCUCGCACUGGCCCCGCCCUUUGUGGAGGCCACGCCCCAAUUGCUCAGAGCCCAGGGGGUCACGGAGGUCGAGCUGCUGUGGGAAGUGAACCCCCUGCCCAGCUAUGUGGGGAGGGGUGGGGGGUUGCUGCUCCUCCUCCUCAUUGUCCUCGGUCUCGCCAAGUGCGGCUUUUUCCAGAGGAAUUACCGGGAGCGGAUGGAGCGGGAGGGGAGGGGCCAGAGGAGAGGGAGGGGCCGGAGGGGGGAGGGAGAGGGGGAGGAGAGUCCCCCAAGUGGGGAAACCCCCAAAGAGGGGACUCCCCCUCCUGACCAGCCCCGCCCCCUCCUUCACCGGGUAAAAGCAGUUCUGAGCCCCUUCCCCACCCCCAAAGGGGUUUCCAACCCCUCCCCCACCCCAAUAAAAGGUUCUCAUGCCCCUCCCCUCCCCCACCUUAAUGGCUCCUCCCUGUUUCUCUCCACUGGUUUUACUGGGAAGCCCCCAGAAGAGGCUGGGGGAGAGGGGGUCAUGACCUUGCCCCUCCCCCUCUCACUCCAAAUCUGA